AUGAUAUCCCUCAUAUCAAAUGUUUAUUUUGUGGUUCUACCAUUAUUGCUAUUAAGAUAUGUAACGGCCUUUUCGGAGAUCAAUCCAACGACACAUGAUAUCGAGUUCGAUGUAACUAGCAAUAUCCUUAAUUCAAACAAAAGAAUAAUAUCAAUUAAUGGUAAUAAUAAAACAUAUGGUCCAGUUAUUAAUAUGCGAGCUGGGGAUACCCUUCACCUCACUGUUAAGAACCAUAUCUGCUCACCAGAAGACCUCAAAGCUUCCGAGGAUGAUCAACUUUUAAAAGAAUACUGUACAACUACUAUUCAUUUCCAUGGUCUUAUUGGAAUAGGAAAUGAAAAUGACGGUGUUCCUUACGUGACACAGGAUCCUAUUCAACCUAAUGAGGUAUAUAUUUAUAACAUAACUAUCCCCAAAGAUACUUGCGGAACAUUUUGGUAUCACUCUCAUACUUCAGUACAAUAUGGCGAUGGACUGAGAGGUGUUCUUAUCAUAAACUGUGACAGAUACGAUAAACUAGCAAACAAUAUAAUCUCGUCAUUAUCAACUCUAGACUUAGAGAACAUUAAACCUAACUCUUAUCUUUCCAUAAACGAUCCUUUUGGGGAAGAUUAUAACUUAAACGAUAUAAGUACUGAAGAAAAAAUUGUAGCACUUUCUGACACAUAUGAUUAUUGGGGGCUAGAUAUUUUAAAGAAUGAUGUUGUGGCGUUUGAUGGCACUCCAGACCCUAGGCUAACUGGCUCCACGAUCAAUGGUAAGCCUGAACAUGAUACAGUCGACAAUAUUUCGGGGCAGACUAGGUACCUAAAGUUAAGAAUUAUCAAUUCUGGUAUGUCUGGUACUCAAAUAAUAAAUGUUGAAAACCUAAAUAUGGUAGUAAUUGAAACAGAUGGGGUAUUAGUGAAGCCAUACAUUCUCAGCACUCUGAGUUUAGCCGUGGGGCAAAGGUAUACCGUGAUUGUAAAAAUUCCUGAAAACCAAGAGUAUGUACGCUUGAUAAAUGGCUGCAAUAAGAUGAUGGGAUAUUUUAGUAAAUCAUUAUGGUAUUUACGUCCAACUAUUAAUACGGAAGAGUUUUCUUCGCAACGUCCUGACAGCUCUGCAAUUUCUAUUAAAUCUCUCCCACGAUUAAACAAACAUGAGCUAUUUCGAGAAUUAAUACCAAUAGACCAAGGUGAUUUAAAUUCGGUCCUGACUUCAAGUCUACUUGAUGAUGUCGUGGUAAGUCUAAACUUUGAUUAUGAGUUUCACUCGGAUCAAACAACCAAAAAUAAAUAUGGAACAGGUAUGUACAAAAUGGGAGGUAAGACGUUACAAGAAUUCAUUAAGGAGCCAAUUAAAUUAGAAUCUUCCAACAAAACUGUAGAAAUUAUAAUCAACUCAAUUGAUCAUAUGCGACACCCAUGGCAUCUUCAUGGGCAUAGGUUUCAAUUAAUUUCAAUUGGAAAUGGAAGGGAAGGUCGUCUUGACAAGGAUAAUCAACAAGGAAUUGCCUGGGAUAAAUACCGAUCGGACCUUAAAUAUUGGAAGGAGACAGGUGAUACACCCACUGUACGAGAUAGUAUAAACAUCCCUGGAAGUUCUUUUGCUGUAAUCAGAUUCAAAUUAAAUACAGAAGGUUUAUGGCUGGUACAUUGCCACGUUGAGUGGCACAUGGUAAAGGGUCUUGGAUUUGCAUUUAGGGAAAUCGCACAACAUGACAGCGUGAAAAUUGAGAAUGGGGAUCCUACGAAAGAAUCAGAGCCCGAAAGAUUAACGACAAGUACAAAUGUGGUAGAAACAGUGGCUACAAAGACAAAUAAAUUGAAAGUACUUUUAAUUUACUUUAUAAUCAUGUUAUUAAUAAAUGGUGUAUUCUACCUAUGUGUGGUUUAA